AUAACACUCGUCGCCCCCUAGCGGAGCGCCCUUGUCCUCCCUCCAUCUCCCUCUUGACAUGUGCCCAGUACAGUUUUCGAAAGGACUGCGGAACCAUUCAACACACCCACCGCGUCUUUCCUCGAUCGUUGAGAAUAACGACAGCCUUCAACCUGACGGUCAACAAGUCUUUGAUGCACUAGAACAGAGCCGGGAUUACUGGUAUCACCUUGCAUCACUGGCGUAUGUCCUUUUGCGUCAUGGCUUGGCUCCGGAGUACACAAACCCUUGCCGUACUCUUCACAAACUGCCCAAAUUCCAAGGCCGACCCAAAGAAACCUAUGCGCGCCCUUAUGGAGUUUCUCCACACCCCGCCCUUUGCUCACAAGCGACUUCUACUUGGAAGCUGGUAGGAAGUUCAGACUGUGAUCGACUCGAGAAAGAAAAAUCAAACCCGGCCCUGUUACAGAUUGGCAUCAGUGUUGCCAUCCCUUACAACUUCGAUGGGAGAGUUUUCAAUUCUUGGAUCGGUACAAAGGAAGAAAAAUCCACCGGUCCUAAUUAUUUGGGGAUCCUCACAAUCGGCUGGUGUUACAUACUCUCGGCACGGCUCGUUGAAAUACACGGAGAGGGUGCUUAUAUGCGAUACACAAAAUCCGAGGCCGAAUGCUACAUCGAGAACGUACCGCAGUCUUCAAGGACUUAUAUUAUCGAUGUUGGAGAAGUGGAUGAGGAAGUGGCCCGGUGGUGGUCUGCGAUACUCGCUCAACAGAAAGGAUGGGAAGGCGUUGUGGAUCAAAGAUCCGAUCGCAAAUUCCUCACCCCCUGGACAGUCUGUCGCACAUGCGAAAUAUCUUUUGCCAUCAAACAGAGAAGGCCUUCCCCCGCCUUCGUCGACACCCCUUUACCUUCAGAAAGAGCUUUUGAAGCCCUUGCGGAGUUCGCACGUUUACAUGAACUGGGCAGUCAAUUCCCCAUUGCUCUGGCGAUAGCCAUGACUUUUCCAACACACAGAUAUUAUGGCUCAACGGUCCAACUGCCAUUUCCAAGCUCAGCCAGGGGGAAGAAAUCAACUACUCCUAUCGAUGCUAUCCCGUCGACGUGGGCGAGUUUGAAUGACCAGCUCCCCUACUACAUAACUCUCAGUUGCAGUCCGGAAGUGAUGAUGUCAGCUUUUUGUGGAUCAUUCUGGGAACUUGAGGUCCCCUGCAAUCUCGUCAGCUCCUGGCUACAUCCGGUUCUUAAUGAGAUCUUGGGCGAGGCAUCUGUCACUAUGGGGCAUGAUCAAGAAAUUCUGGCUUUGAUGGGCUCAAUUCGCCGACCGGGUUUAAGUGCACUUUGGAUCGGAGCAAUUGCAAGCGGGCUGGGCCCAAAAAUUCUUCAAAAUGUCCGGAGAGGCAGACCUCCUCUUGAUCCACUCGGCCAUCCUUGGACGGGCUAUCCGCAAAGCUUCAUGGACAUUGCUGGUUCAGGUCCAUAUACGUGUGAAAACCCUGAAUACAUCUCAAGGGCAGACGUGUGGCGUUUACUACAUCUCCCUUCGACUGAAGAGGAUGGCUCUUGCUACACGUACCGGCCCGGUACACCUUGGGCACCCUGUGGGGCAUCUCUAACAAAAAAUUGUGCUCUUCGGGUCACUUCACACUUGGAAUGCCCUCGACAUGAAUACCAAUAUGACCAUUGGAAUUGGGAGCUAGCAGAUGGGGCGAUUGUUCAGGAUCGUGGGUUCUCAAGAUCACUUUCAUCCAGUCCAGAGGAUAAACCCUCCAUUCCUGAUAUGGGGAGGCUGGAAAUCUUUGAAUCGAAAGAGUUUGAUCAAAUGGCCUCUAGAGAAGCCUCGUUGGAUAUCUUUCGCUGGUUCUCUAUCAACGGGGAAGGCCUUCCCCCUGAAAAGAUCUAUCAAGAUGAUUGGCUUCAAGAAAUUUGGGAAGAAAGUGAUAUGGAAGUCGAUGAGGCUGAUGAUGACAAUACUCAAAAACUUGUCGGUCAAAGUCAGGCUCAAAUUGAAUCAUGGCUCAAUAAAAUUGGGUAAUAAGAUACUGAUCGCCAAGCAAGGGGUUUUUUCACUUGGGUUGAUAAAACGGAUUCGUAGAUACAUGUCCAUCUUCCUCGCCGACUCGGAGUUACGAUCAACUCGUUUCCUGAUCACAUAAUCUUAUGAAGUUCCACGUGGAAUAUCGCUUGUUGAGAUCCAAUCCUCCGGGAUACCUCCUGGAUGAGCAGAACAACGCUUGCAGAUCCUGUAAUACAAUCCGUUGCAGUCGCUAGGAGCUGUGCACCUCUUCCACUAAACCCUACAGCCGGGUGAGCGGCAUGUUUCGUAACGAUGGAGGCCGUUGGCAUGACCACAUGCCGCGUUAGAGCAAAACCCUGACCGUCCGGAACUGUGACUCAUGUUUUGCGAUGCUUCAAGAGACUUGAUCAUGGGAUACGUUAGCUUUGAGCUAGAAAAAGAAAUUGAAAACGAGCAUACGUUGCAGCGGAUUUGAUUGCAAG